UUGUUACAUCUGUGGCCAAAGUUGAAAAGUUGACUUUGACGCAAGAAGAAUCAUGGCUGAACUAGACAUUGGGAAACAUUGUAACAUAAAGUCCUGCCAUCAGACAGAUUUUCUGCCAUUCAUUUGUGAUGCCUGCAGGGGUGUUUUCUGCCUUGAACACAGAAGUCGAGAUUUGCACGCUUGUCCUGUGGUGGACGUUAAAAAAGAAGUCCAGAUAUCUGGUGGCUGUACGAGAUACCCAUGCACAUUUGAAGACUGCAAAGGGAAAGAACUGUUGCCAGUCAUUUGUCCACACUGUCAGAAACAUUUCUGUUUGGCCCAUCGUCACCAAGAUGACCACAAGUGUGAUAAACUGGAAACGCCCAAGCCUCGCAUGGCUGCCACACAAGCGCUCGUGCAGAAGAUUGUAGAGUCCAAGAAGGCUUUGCCUCCGAGGAAAGGUCGCAAGGGAGUAAAGAACGCUGCAACAGCAGCCAAGGUGACUUUGAUGAAACUAAAGCUUCAUGCUGAGGGAGACAAGGGACUGCCACAGACAGAGAGGACCUAUUUCAAUGUCUUCCUUCCCAGAGAGGGCAACGACUCCAGCCUGCCUAUGUUUUUCUGUUCCAAGUGGAGUGUGGGGAAAGUAGUGGACUACGCCGCCUCACUGGCCAGCCUGAAGAACAACAACAACGUACUAACGGCUAAGUUGUUGUUGACGUGUAGAAGCUGCGGCUGUGCCACCCCCAGACGGGCGAAGCUCUCAAGAUGGACGACACCCUUCUCUCCAUGCUGGCUCACCCAGACUCGCCCCUCUACAACGGGGGCGACGUGAUCCUUGAGUACCUGGACAAUGACUGCUCAGGCCUGGAGGACACCUCUGCCUACAUCCCACAGUCCUGACUCGCACACGACACUGAUGGUCUAAAUCAUGUUGAGUCGUUGGAAUACUAUGAACAUGUGUUUUUUUAUUUAGGAUAUUAAAGUUUGAUUUAUGGCA